AUGGAAAAAAAUGCUACAUUUGGCCUUUAUAAGAGAAAAGAGAUGUAUUUUAAUUAUAUGACAGGAAAUUUUUUAGAAGUGAACAAGAUAGCAAGCUAAAUUCUUAAAGAUUUGAUAGGAUCAAAAAAUGUUUAGUUAUAAAUUUAGUAAAUAGAAUCAAUUAUCUAUUUAGCAGAUGAAAUUAUUUUUUGCAAUCAACUUGAAAUAGCAGCGAGUAUAUUUUAUCUGAUGUUAGAACAGAUUAAAAAAAUAAAAGAUAGUAGUAAUAGCUAACUUGUUGGAAAGGCUUAUAUGGGAUUAGCCUUGAUACAUUAUACUUUAUAGGAAUACAAUGAGGCUGCUAGAUGUUCCAUCCUAUUUUAUGAAACAAACAAGCAAUAAAAUAUAGAAGGCUUAGUCAUAGCAUACAUUAGUUACAAGCAAUUAGAUCUAAUUGAUCAAGCAAACAAUAUUUUGUAAACUAUAAAAAGCCAAGCUAAUGUAGAUGAAAGUUUGAAUAUAUAAAAAUAUAUUUUACAUUCAUAACUAUUUAAAUUCAUAAACAUUUUUUCAAAUAAGAUUGAUUAAAUAUAAAAAGAAGAAGCAAAAAUUCGUUUUAGCGAAAAGAGUAGAGAAAGGAAAGCUAUUUGGGAUGGAGAAAGCGAAGUAAAACAAAUUUAUAACUUUAUUCAUAAUGGAUAGAUUGAAGAAGGAAUAAUGCACUACAAAUAAAUUUUGAAAUAGCUGAACGAUCCAGAUUAAGAUUAUUUCAUGAAGUUAGAAGUUUUAGAAGUAAUUUCAAUAUUAUACGCUGCUAAGAGAGAGUACUCAUAAGCAAUCGAAACACGUUUAGAUAUACACUAAAAAUUAUUAAAAAAAAGAAAUUAUUUGGUAAUAAAUGAUAAUAAACAUAUGCAGAAUUUUGAAAACUUAAUUAAUAUUUAUAUCACAAUAAAAGAGGACAAUAAAGCACUUGAAUGGCAUAAAAAAUUUCAUUCUUAUUUGUUAAUUAAUGGCUAUUUUACCAAUUUUAGCUUAAAAGUUAGAGAUAAAUUAUUAGGACAUAUGGAUUGUUUGGUUAGGCUAUAAUAAUACGAAGAGGCUUUAGAAUAUGCUGAUUUCAUAGAAAGAUACGCUAAUUAGUUUUAACUUGAAAAAGAAUAUCCGUAAUAUUAUAACGAAUUAAAAUCAAGGAAAUUACAACUGACCAAAUUUUUGAAAGACAAUUCAAGACUGAAAAAAGAAUACUUGCAAUAUUAUGAGUUCCUAAAAACUUUUAAAAAUAAUGAUACUCUUUAUUAAUGCUUAGUCUACUUACUUAAUUUUUCAUUUUAAGAUCAGGAUGAGCAAGGUAUCAUAAAAUAUUCUGAAAGUUAUUUAUAACUGAGAGGCAAAUACGAAAAAGAAGAUGAAAAUUUAAAGAAUAUAGUAUUGAUGUACAUACUAUUGAUUUAACACUACUAUGAAAGAAAGCAAUAUGAAAAAGCCAGCAAAUUUAUUACUGAUGCUAAGCCUUUUUUUAAAAAAAAUAAACUGUUUGAAGAGCUCUAUUGUUUUUUACUCAUUUAAAUAUGCUUAAUUAGAAAUUUAAAAUUAUAAGAUGACAUAAAUGAAAAAGCUUAAGAAGCAGCUAAUUUAUUCAAUCAGCAUUUUAAAGGAACAAAUCUAGAAGGUUUUAUUACAGCAAAAGGAUUAUUAUUCUAAUCCAGAACUUAUUUUGAUUUAGGAGAUUAUUAAAUUUGCUUAGAUCAUUUUGAAAAGUUUUUGAAACAAGAUUAAGCUAAAGACCUAUUUAAUAAAGAGUUUCAAGAAUUAUUGAAUAAUCUUUUGUAAUAAAAUGAAUGCAAAUAGAAGGUAGAAGAAAUCAUUUCAAAAUAUUAACUCAAAUCCAAAUUUUGA